GUAAGGAAACCAAACCAUAAAGAUAAGCGGGUCUGCCCUUAGGGUUUGUUUCCCGACUCCUGUUCCAUUCAUUUCUGUUCUUAACCUUUUAUCUCAAUUCACCUAUCAUUUGAAUUCUUAAAAGAUUUUGGAUCCAAUCACUUUCACUCAUUAGACUCUUAAUAAUUGUUAUUUUGGUGGUUUCUUAGCCAAAAUCGUCGUGGCUGUUUCAUCUAUGGCGUCGAUUGGUAAGACGAAUUAUGAAUCGGAAGCGGAUGAUGCUAAUAACACCGUCAAAAUUUUAUCAACAUCUGAUCCAACGAUGUUGAAGGAAGAGCCGGCGGAUAGCGAGUUGGGGGGAUCGAUACCGGUUGCAAUGGUACCCGUGUCAAUGUCUCAGAAACAAAUGACGGUGGCGCCGCCCCGGAGGAGUUCUAAAGACCGUCAUACGAAGGUGGAGGGACGCGGUCGACGAAUCCGCAUGCCGGCUGCUUGUGCUGCGAGAAUCUUCCAAUUAACUCGGGAACUCGGUCACAAGUCAGACGGAGAGACGAUUCGGUGGUUGUUGGAGCACGCAGAGCCCGCUAUCAUUAAAGCCACCGGCACCGGGACGGUGCCGGCGCUCGCUGUUAAUGUUAACGGGACGUUAAAAAUCCCGACGACGCCAAUCGAAGAAGGAGGUGACGUUAAAAGACGAAAAAGGGCUUGUAACAGCGAGUUUUAUGAUUUGAAUGUUGCCGCAACUUCCAAUUUUGCCCCCAUAGCGCCGAUUGCCCCACGAGCGCUCGUGCCGUUGUGGACCAUGUGUGCACCACCGACUAACGGCGGGACUUUCUUCAUGAUUCCACCGUGUGGGGCCACCGGGGCAACCACAUUCCAUCAGUCCCAGUUGUGGGCCAUACCCACCGGGGUAACACCUGUUUUCAAUGUCCCAUCAAGACCCAUGACUAAUUAUUUGCCGGAAAUGAAACCGGUGGUGGAUAUCAGUGGUGGUGAAGUUCAGACGCCGGCGGUGAGUUCAAGUUCGAUUUCAAUUUCAACGAGGAGAACAGCGGAGGUUGUUAGGGAUCUGUCAUUGGAGCUUGGUGAUAAAAGAGAGCUUCAAUUCAUGGAAGGCUGUUCAAAAGAUCAAACGCCGCCUGCAAGUUAAUCAAUCGGCCAAUUCUAGUCCUCUUCUUUGUUUUAGUUGCGUUAGAACCAUGAAAGUUAUUUUUUUUCUUUAGAUUUGUAUCCUUUUUUGUUUCUCUUUUUCCAUAUUAGCCUCACUUUGUGCUUUUUCUGUGUAAAUGGGUUUUUACUUUUUAGAACAUAAAAGUAGGUAAAAGUGACAUUGUAUGUAUAAUUUUCUGUAAUUAAAUAUUAGUACGAGAAAAUAACUUGUUUACAUGACAUAAAAUUAUAUAAUUAUUUCU